AUGUUGUCGUCAUUAUUAGCUCACACAGUUGGAGAGUGUGAGACGCCGUUUGCCCCGGUCUCGUGGCACGGUGCACGCGCGCGCGUCUCUCUCUGGCUCCGUGCUCUCAGCUCCGAGGUCGAGGCCAUGAGUCAGGAUGCCAAAUUCUUCACAAGGGACAAGGCAGCGACGAUACGAGCCGAGCUACAAAGCGACAAAAAGGACAAAUCGUUUGUCAAGCGACGCAAUGCACUUAAGAAAGUCAUUGGCAAUAUGACCAUGGGCCAGGACAUGAGCUCACUGUUCCCAGAUGUGGUUGCAUGUAUGAGCAUACCUGUUCUCGAUGUCAAGAAGAUGGUCUACCUGUACCUCAUCAACUACUCGCGCUCAAAGCCAGACAUGGUCCAAUUCGCCCUCGAGAACUUGCUCAAUGAUGCCGAAGAUCGCAAUCCGCUCGUACGCGCGCUGGCUAUACGCACAAUGGCCUAUAUACCUGUACCGAGCGUCAUCAACGCGCUCGUCGAUCCGCUACGCCAAUCUAUCAAGGACUCUGAUCCUUACGUGCGAAAGACGGCGGCAAUAUGUGUCGCUAAACUCUUCGCACACGAUAGCAGGCUUGUCGAACGCGAGGGGUUCAUCACUUCUCUGAGAGACUUGCUCGCCGAUGCCAACCCUACCGUCGUGGCCAAUGCUGUUGCAGCUUUAACCGAGAUUGGUGAAAGAUCCGAUAACAUACAACUCAGGCUGAACUUCACCAUCGCUGGCAAGCUCGUAUCCGCCAUGGCAGAAUGCUCAGAAUGGGGGCAGACAUACAUUCUGGAGGCCUUGAUGAGCUUUGUACCCAACGAGAGUGCCGAUGCAGAGCUCAUCGCCGAGAGAAUAGCCAUCAGGUUACAACAUGCCAACUCUGCAGUCGUGCUGACCACAAUCAAAGUCAUCUUAUAUCUGCUCAACUAUAUCGCCGACGAAGACAUUGUUGAGAAUAUGUGCCGCAAGCUCAGUCCGCCUCUAGUGACGCUCCUAUCGUCUGGGUACGAAGUGCAAUAUGUCGCCCUACGCAACAUACUGCUCAUCAUUCAGAGGCGGCCGAGCGUACUCAGGAACGAAGUCAAGGUCUUCUUCUGCAAGUACAACGAUCCGAUCUAUGUCAAGCUUGCCAAGCUAGAGAUCAUGUAUCGCCUCGCAAGCCAAGCGAACGUCAGACAGGUUCUUGCAGAGCUGAAAGAAUAUUCGACCGAAGUGGAUGUAGACUUUGUGAGGAAAGCGGUCAGGUCGAUCGGCCGACUAGCCAUCAAAAUCGAGGAAUCCGCAGAUCAGUGUAUCGAGACCCUUCUCGAACUUGUCGAGACGAAAGUGAGCUACGUCGUACAAGAGGCCGUCAUCGUCAUCAAAGACAUCUUCAGAAGAUACCCCAACCAGUAUGAAGGCAUCAUUGCCACUCUCUGCGAUAAUCUGGACGUACUGGAUACGCCAGAGGCGAAAGCCUCCAUCAUCUGGAUCGUGGGGCAAUACGCGGACAGAAUAGAGAACGCAACUGCGCUGCUAGAAGACUUUGCUGCCACCUUCAUCGAGGAGACCGUCGAGGUUCAAUUGGCGCUCCUGACUGCGACAGUGAAGCUAUUCAUCAAGCGACCUACUGCCGGCCAAGAUCUGCUGCCUAAAGUGCUCAAGUGGGCGACGGAGCAAGUCGAUAAUCCUGACUUGCGAGAUCGCGGAUUUAUCUACUGGCGCCUGCUCUCGACCGAUCCCGCAGCAGCCAAGGACAUUGUUCUCGUGGACAAGCCUGCGAUCUCGACAGAGACUGAAGCAAUGGAUCGGCAUGUGCUCGAUCGACUGUUGCUGCAGACUGGCACGCUCUCGAGCGUGUACCAUCAAGCACCAGAGACAUUUAUUCGCAAUCAGAAGCCAAGAUAUCUACAUGAUUCACCCGCACUUGAUCCCAUCGCACGACAACACUCGCAAGAACGACAGACACUGGCGUCAAUGCGCGCGGCUAAGCAACCAUCGAGUUCUGUGCCUGGCUAUGCGUUGGCUGCAGCUGCCAUGAAAUCGACCGCUUCUAACGGUACCGUCGCCCCGCCCUUGCCGCCCAAACCGACAGCAGCCGAGGUGGCAGAAGCAAGUACGUCUCGGAGCGCACCGGGCGAAAUGGAUGAUGCGACGAGCGAAGACGCUGCGCCCGAAAGACCGAGUAUCGACAAGGCAGAAUCGACAUAUUCUGAUCUGGAUCCGGUCCCAAUGACGCAUGAUCCCUAUGCAGGUCUUGGCGAUUUCUCAGCGUUUGACAUCUCGUCGGGCGAUCAGGGCUCGGCCAUGGAUGCAUAUCAGAAUGACAUUGUUGGACCUGGCCGAGCCCACGGAGCGGCAGAGACGUCUCUGCUCAAUUGA